CUCCGGUUGAGCGCGCGCCUUUGUCAUUUGGUGCCUGGCGGGCGGAGAGGACGGAAGUGCGGAGAUAUGAAGAUCUGGACCUCUGAGCACGUUUUCGACCACCCAUGGGAAAUGGUUACGACGGCAGCCAUGCAGAAAUACCCCAACCCCAUGAACCCCAGCGUGGUCGGAGUGGAUGUGUUGAACAGGCACGUGGACUCUAGCGGGAAGUUACACAGCGACCGGUUGCUCAGCACGGAGUGGGGAAUGCCUUCAUUAGUGAAAUCCAUUAUUGGGGCCACCAGAACAAAUACAUACAUUCAAGAACAUUCGGUGGUUGAUCCUGUUUCAAAAACAAUGGAACUAAAAUCCUCAAAUAUCACGUUCACAAAUAUGGUGUCUGUGGAUGAAAGAUUAGUAUACAAGCCACAUCCUCAGGACCACAAAAAGACGGUGCUCACUCAGGAAGCAAUCAUAUCUGUGAAAGGUGUCAGUCUGAGCCGCUAUUUAGAGGGAAUGAUGGCCAAUACUAUUUCUAGCAAUGCCAAUAAGGGUCGGGACGCUAUGGAAUGGGUGAUCAGCAAACUAAACUCUGAACUAGAAGAUCUGAAGGCGACAACAAGAGGAGGCAUCAGAACGACAAUAGCGGCUGCGGCAUUUGUAGAGGAAUGAUGUCUACUCACACCAUGGCCAUUGGGUGUUCGUACUGGAAA